CUUUUCUGUAAGUUUAAGUUCUGUUUUCCUGGAACCCGAAACUUAUGUUAAAAACAGUUACUUAUGUCAAAAUGUACCCUGACCCAACACCCCCUGACAAAACGCAUGAUUAUUCUGUAAUGGUUAUUUUGUAACAAUCCCACCCUCGCACCCUAACUGCCAUAUGAACUUCCCUGUUUAAACACUGCAUAAAAACUCUGCUUAAGCUGUGCUCAGGGCUCCAGCUUCUCUCAGGAGAACUCUGAGCCCCAGCAUGCUGGUCCAAUAAACCCCUUUGCUUUUGCAUGAGACAGUCUCUUGGUGGUCCUUUCCUCCAACGUUUGCCCAACCCUAACAUUUGGGGGCUUGUCCGGGAUUCGGCAGCGGCGGACGAAAGACCCCAACGGACAUUUCUUGGGGGAAGUAAGGCGCCUCCUUUUUGUUUUGAUUUUGUUUUCUUCUUUGCGAUCGCUCAGGACUUUUAAUUUUAGGGCUUGGCAAGGUGGCUGUUGGCGGAGAGCAUAAGUUCUCCCUGACGGUGGUGGACAGACGUGUCCAGAAGCCACAGGCCACAUCCCCAGGGGACGCCUUGGUGGACUCGGGAAAUCGAGGGAUGGAAGUGCCCCCGAUGCGAGGGACAGAAGAGCCCUCAGCUCAGGUGUAUUUUGCCACUGAUUCAGACUCAGUGACUCUGUUGCCAGCCCGUCAGUUUCUGCUGGCUACUCAGUUUUGGUUUCUAUUUCAAACUUGUGGUGGACGUUUAUUGUUUGUCUUUGUUGUCUGUGUCAUUACUUUCACUGUUUGCAUAUCCCUCAUUAUGGGACAAGGUACCUCAACUCCCCUGUCUUUGACCCUUGAUCAUUGGACUAAAGUCCACUCAAGGGCCCAGAAUCUCUCUUUUUCAGUGAAACACCGGACCUGGCAGACUCUCUGUACAUCAGAUGGCCCACUCUCGGAGUCAGAUGGCCCCCAGAAGGAUCCUUUCACCUCCCUCUAAUCCGAAAAGUCAGAAAUAUUGUCUUCCAGCCAGGGCCACAUGGUCAUCCAGAUCAACAGCCAUAUAUUCUCACUUGGCAGAACCUCUGUGAAUCUCCCCCUUCAUGGGUGAAACCUUUUCUGGUACCUGCCUCCACCUCUACUCCCACCAUUCUGUCCCUCAAACCCUCCACUCCUUCUCCUCUUCCUCCCCCUCUUCCCUCCAUCCUCCCUGAAUCUCAGGAUCUAACCUUACUAGAUUCCCCUCCUCCACCCCCAUAUCCCUUGCCCCUCAGCUCCCAAUGUCCUAUAGACAAUUCCCCUGAAGCAGAUCCGAUCCCUUCAGUAGAGGAAACUGCUCCAGAUGACUCCCUUACGGUAACCCCAACUCCUCCUCCAUCAGAGGAAAUUGGGCCAGCAGGGGGAACCUGCUGACGGCGAAUAAUUAAGAAUCCUGAUGCUCCAGUAAUGCUCCCCCUCCGCCCCUAUGGGCCAAUGAUUGAUGAUGGACAAGGGGGAGAAAUACAAGUUUACCAAUAUUGGCCCUUCUCCUCUUCUGAUCUAUAUAACAGGAAAAAUAAUAAUCCCCCUUUUUCUAAAGAUCCCACAGACUCACAGGUUUAAUAGAGUCACUGAUGUUUUCACACCAGCCUACUUGGGAUGAUUGCCAACAGCUUCUAGGGACCCUCUUCACAACUGAGGAACGAGAGAGGAUCCUCCUGGAAUCUAGCAAAAAUAUUCUUGGACCAGAUGGACAACCAACCCAACUUCCCAAUCUAAUUGAAGCUGCCUUUCCCCUGAACAGACCCAACUGGGAUCCCAACACCCUCGAAGAUAGCCAGCUACUGUUUGCUUUCGAGUGGGUGGAUCCAGAAACAGGAACAUCUGGCCAACUAACCUGGACUAGACUCCCACAGGGGUUCAAAAACUCCCCCACUCUCUUUGAUGAAGCCUUCCACAGGGACCUCAAUAACUUCAGGACUACACACCCAGGAGUCACCCUGCUUCAAUAUGUGGAUGACCUGCUGCUGGCAGCUGACACCAAGGAAAACUGUGAGUCUGAAACACGAGCACUAUUAUCCGAGCUUGCUCGGCUUGGAUAUAGAGCUUCUGCCAAAAAGGCUAAAAUCUGCCAGCAAGAAGUUAUUUUCCUGGGCUAUUCCCUUAGAGAUGGCAAAAGAUGGCUCACAGGGCCCAGAAAACAGACUGUUGUGCAGAUACCGCCCCCAUCUAAUAGGAGGCAAUUUAGAGAGUCUGUUGGGACUGCUGGCUUUUGUAGAUUAUGGAUUCCUGGGUUUGCAUCCCUAGCCGCUCCUUUGUACCCACUGUUGAAGGCAAACACCCAAUUCCAAUGGACCCCCAAACAUCAGCAAGCUUUUAAUGAUAUUAAAAAGGCACUGCUAUCUGCUCCAGCUCUAGCACUUCAGGAUGUAGAAAAGCCCUUUACUCUUUACAUUGAAAAAAAAAAAAAAGAAAUAGCCCGAGGAGUGCUCACUCAGACUUUAGGGCCCUGGAAGAGACCUGUAGCCUACCUGUCCAAAAGGCUAGAUCCAGUGGCUAGCGGGUGGCCCCAUUGCCUAAAAGCUUUAGCAGCAGCGGCCCUUCUAAUAAAAGAUGCUGAUAAAUUAACGCUGGGACAGAAGCUAACCAUUAUAGCCCCUCAUUCCCUGGAGAACAUCAUUCGUUAGCCUCCAGACAGAUGGCUAUCAAACUCUAGAAUAACUCACUAUCAGAGCCUGUUGCUUGACAAAGACAGAAUAACACUGGGACCCCCAGCCCCACUUAACCCAGCCACACUCCUACCUGAAGAAUCAUCAGAGCCUGU